AUGUACGUGAGCUACCUCCUGGACAAGGACGUGAGCAUGUAUCCCAGCUCCGUGCGCCACUCUGGCAGCCUCAACCUGGCCCCGCAGAACUUCGUCAGCCCCCCGCAGUACCCGGACUAUGGCGGAUACCAUGUGGCGGCCGCGGCCGCCGCCGCCGCCAACCUGGACAGCGCGCAGUCCCCGGGGCCGUCCUGGCCGGCCGCCUACGGCGCUCCGCUCCGCGAGGACUGGAACGGCUACGCGCCGGGGGGCGCGGCGGCCGCCGCCAACGCCGUAGCGCACGGCCUCAACGGGGGCUCCCCGGCCGCCGCCAUGGGCUACAGCGGGCCCGCCGAUUACCACCCGCACCAUCACCCGCACCACCACGCGCACCACCCGGGCGCCGCGCCCUCCUGCGCCUCCGGCUUGCUGCAGACGCUCAACCCCGGCCCCCCCGGGCCGGUCGCCACCGCCGCCGCCGAGCAGCUGUCGCCGGGCGGACAGCGGCGGAACCUGUGCGAGUGGAUGCGGAAGCCCGCGCAGCCGGCGCUGGGCAGCCAAGUGAAAACCAGGACGAAAGACAAAUACCGGGUCGUGUACACGGACCACCAGCGUCUGGAGCUGGAGAAGGAGUUUCACUACAGUCGCUACAUUACCAUCCGGAGGAAAGCUGAACUGGCCGCCACACUGGGGCUCUCAGAGAGGCAGGUUAAAAUUUGGUUUCAGAACCGCAGAGCAAAGGAAAGGAAAAUCAACAAGAAGAAGUUGCAACAGCAGCAGCAACAGCCACCCCCGCCUUCUGGGCCACAGCCUCCGCAGCCACAGCCAGGUCCACUGAGAAGCGUCCCGGAGCCCCUGAGCCCCGUGUCUUCCCUGCAAGGCUCGGUGCCUGGGGUCCUGGGGCCAGCUGGGGGGGUGUUAAACCCUACUGUCACCCAGUGA